CUCUUUCAUCAUUUUAAAUCCCUAAUUUUUCAUCUCUACCUCUACAACCUCUCAAACUUAUUACCAAACAUUACCGAACAAUCAACGCAACUCAUCUUAAAAUUCUUUACCAUAACAUAAAAGACAAAGCAUAAUAUAUGCCAUUGUGACAAUCAGCUCUUGCUCCCUCUCAUGGCUUCAAACUUCAUCCGUGGACACUGUAUGAGUUCAUACGACCAUCCAAGGUUGUGGGGUUUGAAGCCAAAGAAAGAUAUUAAGGAGAUAUGUUGGUCAGAGCGGAGAGAGCUUGAGACAGAGACAUUGUAGUGUUACCAAAGAUUUAAAUGAUUAAUGUUAAUGGGCUUAUAUACUAUGAUUGUUUAGCCAAUCAUCAUGAACUGGCUGAGAGUAAGAUGGUACAGAAGGAAGUUCUUUGAGAUGUAUUUACAGUUCAUGUUCGUCUUCAUGUUCUUCCCCAGGCUACUGUUAUGGGCACCAUUUCUCAACUUCAGAAAGUUCCCAAGAGAUCCAUCUAUGAAGUAUCCUUGGGAUAAACCAAAAGACCCUUCCACUAUCAAGAACGGUUACCUCAAGUACCCAUUUGCAAAGCCAGAUGACUACGACCAUUAAGAUGCUUCUGACUCUAUAUACUCAUUAGUCACAUAAAUCAACUUGUGCAGGCUCUUUUACUCAAGGCAUAUAAUAA